AUGUUCUCUCGUGUUUUCGCUGCUGCCUCUAAGUCCUCGGCCACCGGUGCCGCAGGCAUGGCGUUCCGGCUCCGGCCCAUGGCCGGCCAGGCUCGAUACUUGAGCAAGCAGGCCUUCGAUGGCAGCAAGGGAAGGGCAAUGCCCUCCGCCAGGCCUCGGGCUACUGCUCCUGUGGACAACCUUGAUGCCACCUUCACUAUCCGGGACGGCCCUGUGUUCCACGGAUCCGCCUUCGGUGCCAACUCCAACAUCUCAGGCGAGGCCGUCUUCACCACCUCUCUGGUCGGCUAUCCUGAGUCCAUGACCGAUCCCUCCUACCGGGGCCAGAUCCUGGUCUUCACCCAGCCUCUGAUCGGCAACUAUGGCGUCCCGUCCAAUGUUCGCGACGAGUUCAACCUGUUGAAGUACUUCGAGUCCCCCCACAUCCAGUGCGCUGGAAUUAUCGUGUCCGACGUGGCCCAGAAGUACAGCCACUGGACCGCCGUGGAGAGCCUGGCCGACUGGUGUGCUCGUGAGGGCGUCCCUGCCAUCUCUGGUGUCGAUACUCGCGCCAUUGUCACCUACCUCCGAGAGCAGGGUUCCUCCCUCGCUAGAAUCUCCAUUGGCGACGAGUACGAUGCCGACGAGGACGAGAGCUUCAUGGACCCGGCCCAGAUUAACCUCGUCAAGAAGGUGAGCACCAAGGCUCCCUUCGUCGUGUCUGCGCCCAACGCGACCUUCCACGUUGCCCUGAUCGACUGCGGCGUGAAGGAGAACAUCCUGCGAAGCCUGAUCAGCCGGGGAGCAGCCGUGACAGUGCUGCCUUACGACUUCCCCGUCCACAAGGUCGCCGCUGACUUUGACGGCGUUUUCAUCUCCAACGGCCCCGGCGACCCUACUCACUGCCAGGAUACUAUUUACAACCUGGCCCGCCUGAUCGAGACGUCGCCUGUGCCAGUCAUGGGCAUUUGCCUUGGCCACCAGCUCCUGGCCCUGGCAACGGGCGCUCGCACCAUCAAGAUGAAGUACGGUAACCGUGCCCACAACAUCCCAGCGCUGGACUUGACGACAGGCCAGUGCCACAUCACCAGCCAAAACCAUGGUUAUGCUGUUGAUGCGAGCACCCUGCACCCCGAGUUCAAGGAGUACUUCGUCAACCUCAACGAUGGGAGCAACGAGGGCAUGAUGCACAAGACCCGGCCCAUCUUCUCGACCCAGUUCCACCCCGAGGCCAAGGGCGGUCCCAUGGACAGCUCCUACCUGUUCGACAGGUACCUCCAGGACGUGCACAUGUUCAAGAACAGCCAGAACGUCUACAAGGACAACAGGCCUUCGCAGCUCAUGCUGGACAUCAUGUCCAAGGAGCGUGUUGGAGUUGAGCCUACUCCUCUGGCCACUGCCCAGGCCUAA